UAUUGUCCUUAAAACAGUUUCAGAAUAUUUAAAUGCUUUCCUCUUUAUAAAUAGAUACUUGGAGGCGUGUGCUCUCCACACUUCCCAUCUCCCUUUUCUCUCUAGGCGUGUGCCGUCCAUAAUCCCAAGUAGCCCAAAAGCCGUUCUCUCUUCCUCACUCUACAAACCAUGUCGUCUGCUUCCGAACAUACUCAAGACACCUCCAUUCAACUUACAAUCCCAUCCUCAUUUCCACCAUCCAACCAAAUCCAUGACUUUCCACCAUCCGACCAAAUCCAUGACGAAUCCCAACCGUUUGAUUACGUAUCACGGGCCCAAUGGCUUCGUGCUGCCGUACUCGGAGCCACUGACGGGCUUAUCUCCGUUGCCUCGAUCAUGAUCGGAGUCGGUGCUGUCAACGGUACAACCAAAGCCAUGCUAGUGUCCGGCCUAGCUGGCCUAAUCGCAGGUGCAUGCAGCAUGGCCAUAGGAGAGUUCAUGUCGGUCUAUACCCAAUACGAUAUUGAAGUAGCCCAAAUGGAGAGAGAGAAGAUAGAGAACGGACGUGAAGAGACCGAUGAUAUGGUGGCCCACCUGCCGAGCCCGAUUCGAGCUGCAGUAGCCUCAUUUAUAGCAUUUGCAAUGGGGGCUAUCUUGCCGUUGUUGUCAGGUGGGUUCAUACACACAUGGUCAGUGCGCAUAGGAGUCGUGUGCGCUGCGACUAGCUUGGGCUUGGCCGGGUUCGGCGCUGCGGGGGCCAUGCUUGGUCGUGCAUCUGUGUGGAGAUCUAUGGCUAGGGUUUUAGUAGGUGGAUGGGUGGCGAUGAUAUUCACGUAUGGUGUGAUUAAGGUCUUUGGAAUUGCAUUUGGGUUGAAACUAUCUUAGUAGUAACUCUUCAUGGACUUAAAAAAAUAAAAAUAAGUAAAUAAAAACUAGUAUUUACAUGUUAGUGUAAUUUAGCUUUUAAAAAGUUUAUAUUAGGUUAUUGUGGUGGAUUUAAGUAUGUAUUUGAAAUGGUUUUUAUUUUGUAUAAUUGGAGUCAUGGUUUAGUGAUCUGGACCAUUGAUCUGUUGGUUCUCGCCAUGGAUGGAUUAUGCACUUAAAGUCUCAUCUAUUGGGCAGUCUUAUUAUUUCAAUAUGUGGGCAGCAAAUGGAUGAUUACGAAAGGAAAUACAUCACAGGCUAUAUUCGAGUGGAAGAGUAUAAGAUUGGUGGCUAAGAUCUUUCAAUCUGGAAGAGUUUUGGGACUUGAUAUAUCUACGGUGGGCUGCAAUAUAGAGAUGGUCUAGAUCAUCACCAUGGGGUACACUAGUGCAAACUGAAAUCCUAGGUAUACUUGGUUAUUAUGGGACUGUGGAUCCUUGUAAGAGAAGUAUUUUGUACU